AAUGCAUUUACUGUUAUCUUUUGACACACUUGGGUAUCCCUUAUUGCAUCUUUUAGGUCAGCUCCUCUCUCUCUCUUUAGGGACUUUUUUUCUAUAUAUGCAGGCCAGGUCCGGCAGCUUCUAGCGACCUCGGCCUUAGAUGACUCUCCUAUCUUUAGAAAAAGAUAAAGCAGUUUAAGAGAGAGGAGAAAAAAAAAAAAUUAAAGAAGAGAAAAGACUCUAAUUUGAAAGGCUUUGAAAGAAAUCUAGCUCAUCAGUAGAGGGAAAAAGAGAGUGAUUAUGGGUAGACUACCUUGCUGCGAUAAGCUUGGAGUGAAGAAAGGUCCAUGGACUCCUGAAGAAGAUAUCAUGUUGGUAUCAUACAUUCAAGAACAUGGUCCUGGGAAUUGGAGAGCUGUGCCCACUAACACAGGGUUGCUUAGAUGCAGUAAGAGUUGCAGGCUUAGAUGGACUAAUUACCUCAGGCCGGGAAUCAAACGUGGUAAUUUUACUGAUCAUGAGGAGAAGAUGAUAAUACACCUCCAAGCCCUUUUAGGAAACAGAUGGGCAGCCAUAGCUUCAUACCUUCCAGAGAGAACAGAUAAUGAUAUUAAAAACUAUUGGAAUACCCGUUUGAAGAAGAAGCUCAAAAAGCUCCGAACUACAGGACAUGAAGGUGACUCUAAGAAUGAAUUAUCAUCAUCAUCAACAGUAUCAAAGCCAAUCUCUAGAGGUCAAUGGGAGAGAAGGCUUCAAACUGAUAUCCACACAGCCAGACAAGCUCUAUAUGAGGCACUUUCCCCAGAGAAGAAAAGCAGCUUAUUCACUGAGUUGAAACACUCUAGUGGAGGCCAUUUUUUUGCAAGACCAGCAUCAAAUUAUGCAUCAAGCACUGAAAAUAUCGCAAAGUUGCUUAAAGGGUGGAUGAGAAAUGGACCUAAGAAGCAAGCCCAAACAAACUCAUCAGCAGCUACUCAGAAUUCUUUCAACAACAUUGCUGGAACGACUGAUUCUAUUUGUAGUGAAGGGACUGGUCCAAGUAAAGGUGACAAAAAUGGGAUUGAAUUAGCACAAGCGUUUGAAUCGCUCUUUGGUUUUGAGUCUCUUGAUUCUUCAAAUUCAGAUUUUUCUCAUACCAUGUCAACUGAUGAGGCUAGUCUUUUCCAAGAUGAAAGCAAACCAUAUUCUAGUGACCAAAUGCCUCCACUCUCAUUGCUUGAGAAAUGGCUAUUGGAUGAAGGAGCUCUUCAAGGGAAGAAUUAUCUUGGUGAAGUCACACUAGAUGAAAAUAAUCUUUUCUAGAUAUAUGGAAUCUUGUGUUUGGGGCUAGUUAGCUUAUGGGGACUCUUUAAUUUGAUUUAAUUAGACUAAUUAUGCCACUAUUUUUUUUUUUCCUAAAGGGAUUCUUAAUUUGUUUUUGCGCAUAUUUUGAAAACCUUGUAGUAGUGACUUUUAUUGUGCUCUAGGUCUUUCAACCUUCAAGUGAUACAAUUUCAGUGGCCUUGUUAGCAGUGAAA